AUGGAAGAGUCAAGAGAAAACGCUGCUGGCCCAAUUGAGUCAUUAGAGUCUGUGCAGGGUCAUGAUUCUGGAUCAGAACAUCAGGGGUAUGCCGGUACAACUGACCCUGCUGAAGCAGAUGAAUGGUUGAGAAACACGAAAACGGUGUUGGACAAAAUUGAGUGUACUUCUGAGCAAAAGUUGAGGUACGCAGUGGCCUUACUAGAGAAAAACGCAUUAGAUUGGUGGGAAACAAUUCCAGGGAGCAAGAACCGACCUGUUACUCUGACGUGGAAUGACUUUUUGAAAGAAUUUGCUGACAAAUAUACUCCACCAUUCUACAGAAACCGUAAGAAAGUUGAAUUCCUUGAAUUAAAGCAGAAUGAGUUAUCUGUUGCUGAAUAUGAACUACAAUUUAUGAGAUUGUCAAAAUAUGCCCCAAAAGAAGUGAGUACCGAUGAAUUGAGAAGAGACAGAUUUGAAAGGGGGUUGAGACUUGAGAUUCGGGAGAAAAUAGCAAUCAAACCUCCAAGUUAUGGUGCGCUGCUGGAAGCGGCACUGAGGGCAGAAGAGACGUCAAAUGAAAGGAGUUCUACUGAAGCUAAACGAAAGAAAAUGACAGAUAACCUAAAUCCUACACCAGGACAAAGUGGAGCAAUUUCCUUUAAAGGUUUUGGUUCACAGAGAGGUUGGUUUAGAGACCGAGGAGUGGGUCAAACUAGUAGGUCUCCUUCAGUGUUUUCGAGUAGAGACAAAGGUCCAGCCAGAUCGUUUAGUGGAAGAUUUAUUCCCUCUUGUGCUAACUGCGGUAGGAGACACACUAGUGAAUGUUGA